AUGGCCACCGUGACACCCCCAAUCUCCUCAACGUCAGUGGCAGCAGAACCACAAUUGAAGCUAGAGCUGACGCGCACUGAUAGCAAGCGACAGAUUUCACUGGUACUGCAACCCAAUACCACAUGGAAGGACUCGGAGCGCAUCGCUCAGUUCGUUGCGAACUUCACCAGCGCCGUAAUGGUCGUGGCCAUUGCUAGCUACUACCUCGUACCCAUGGCUGCACUAGCAAUGGUAGAGACCCCACGCUUUGCUGCUCAAAUCCACACACGUGCAGUGUGGACAACAGGGAAUGCCUCUAUCGUACUUACUGAUGGAUGGAAGGCCAUGCAGGCGCUCGACAUCAAAGCCUCCAGCUCGUUUGUAUCGAUCUUGCAGGCCAUGUACAACAGCCCACAGGUCACUGCAGCACUCACAUUGACAAUCGCGUGUUUGGUGCUUAUCCACAAGUACAAAGUCAUCGGCUGGUUCCUGUAUCUGCAGGCGAGAGUUUCGCUGCAGUGGGGUAUCGCACUGUACCAGUUGGCUCGCAUUUUCUUCUCCAUGUCGUGCUAUUUCACCGUUAAACUCAUCAAAAUCGUACUGGUCGUCGUAAAACGUGGGUAUGCAAGUAUCUUUGGUGUACGCAACCGACAGGCUGCAGCUCUGCGACAGCUUAUGAGGACUGCACCGACUCACGCAGUAUGGGCGGAGAUGGCUGAAUAUUUGGAUACAUUGGAAGGCAAAGACGACUGGAAGACAACGAUAUCUGACGAAGAUUUAGAGUACUGUGACUUUAGCUACGGUACAUGA